GGUAUGCAACAUAGUCAGCCCAGCCCAAUAGUCCUCCUCUUCAGUCUUCAUCCCCUCCGAAUUUCCUAAAACGUUCUGCAAAACCAAAAAAAAUAAAAAAAAAUGUACUCUACUCAGGUCUCCUCCUUUAUCUCCAUUCCAUUUCUUCCAUCAAAAUCAAAAACUCACAAACUAAAAUAUCCUAAAAUUCUUCACACUAAGCUAUGCAACUCAACUCCAAAAAUGUCACUUAACCAAAACUCAAACACUAACCUCAUAAACACCAUCACUAAGCUUCUAUGGGGUCCAUCACUUCCCCCACAGCUCCUCAUCUCCACCGUCCGUUCAACUUGGUCCGCCACGUGGCAGCUCAUGAUGUCCCAACUCGCUCCAUCAGACCCAACCGGAUCCUACACCCGACCCACGUCGCAGUUUCGGCUAUACUCCAAUCCCAAAUUGAAAUUUUCCCCGAAAGACCUCCACCUUUACGUGGGCCUUCCAUGUCCGUGGGCACACAGAACACUCAUUGUUCGAGCUCUUAAGGGUCUAGAAGAUUCUGUACCCGUUUCAAUUGCUUCUCCGGGUAUUGAUGGGUCUUGGGAAUUCCGGGUUUCUUCUGACCCGGAUAAGAAUAAGCUUGUUCCGGGUUUGGAUAAAGCUAAUGGGUGUAAAACCUUAAGAGAAAUUUAUAAGCUGAGACGUGGUGGUUAUAGUGGUCGAUCAACUGUUCCAAUGUUGUGGGACAUGGGGAAGAAGGAAGUGCUUUGUAAUGAGAGUUAUGAUAUUAUUGAGUUUUUCAAUUCGGGUUUGAAUGAAAUUUCAGGGAAUCCUGAAUUGGAUCUUUCACCACCUGCAUUGAAAGAUGACAUUCGAAAAUGGAACAAUAUAAUUUAUCCAAACGUUAAUAAUGGCGUGUACAGGUGUGGAUUUGCACAAAGUCAAGAAGCAUACAAUAAAGCAGCAGAAGGGUUGUUUAGAACACUGGAAAUGUUGGAGGAUCAUUUGAGGGGAUCGAGGUAUUUGUGUGGGGAUGUUUUGACACUUGCAGAUGUGUGUUUGUUCACUACUUUGAUUCGGUUUGAUGUGGUCUAUAAUGUCCUCUUCAAAUGUACCAAGAAGAAGCUCAUUGAAUUCACCAACCUCCAUGGAUAUCUCAGAGACAUUUAUCAGAUACCAAAGGUUGCAGAAACUUGCAAUAUGGGACAAAUAAUGGAAGGUUACUACAAGAUUCUGUUCCCAUUGAAUCCAGGGGGCAUUAAUCCCAUUAUGCCUAGUGGUUGUGAGGAUGAAGUGCUCUCUAAACCGCAUAAUAGAGACUCCUUGUCAUUAAAGACAAAAGUUGUGCAACACUCUGUUUCUUGAAUUGAAAUGCAAGGACACCACACAUUCUGGCAUCGUCAAGUCCAACUUUUUGUUGUCUUUGUGUUGUGUAUAUACUUAUUUGUAUGUACAACAAUUGUAUAUAUAGAGUUAGAGUGCACUUUGUUGUCAACAUUCUACAUCUUCCACUAGGUGCCCUGGAGGCAUGUAACUCCUAUAUGAAUCGGCAAUCCUACGAAAAUAUUGAUACAAUUCUUUUCUAUUGUUGCACAAAGAAAAUAUUCUGUACUAA